UUUCUUAUCUUAAUUAUAGUGCAUCGAUAGUGUAUUUAAGUUAUAUUAAGUAGUGGUUAGAUUCGUUAGUGUUUCAUGUAAAUAUUGUGUGUGUUAGCAUUACAGUGUCGCUUAAACAGAGUGAUAAUCUGUAUGCUAAGCUAACUGUUAGCUAGCUAGCCUCAUUUGUUUACAUGUGUAGAUUCAUCUUUCAUUCGGAAACACCUCCAUCUUUCUGUCGUUUUAACACGUUUUUCUGUUACUUAAGUGGUUGAAGACCAAUGCUGAGUCACAUGUAUGAUGGGAAACUAUUAACACAUAUAAGUAAAGUAUUUUAAAAUGACAGCAGUUAAAUAGUUUUAGGGAUGGGGCUCUUUGGUCCUGCGGAGCUGGUCUCAGGUCUGUGUCGUACAGACGAGCAGAACCCCUUCCCCGUGUUUCAGGAUGGAAACAUCAGCCCCUGCUUCAACCAACUGGUCCUGGGAGCGCUGCCUCAUGCAGGGAUGGCCAUUUUCAGCGCCUGCUACCUCAGCAUGCAGAGACACGCCCCCCCUCAGACGCCGGCUCCCUGCAGCUGGACCCUCCGGUGUUUCUCUGCUCUUCUGGUGGCGCUGCUCUUCUCUUCAGAUCUGCUCCUGGUGGUCCUCCUGCAGCGGGACCUCCUCCUCCUGGACCUCCUCUCUGACGGCUGCUCCAUCCUGGCCUGGCUGGUCCACUUCAGUGCCCUGAUGGUGCUCCAGAGGACCUCUUUCAGGAGAACCAGAGGACCUCCACUUCUGCUCCUGCUGGUCCUUCUCUCCAUCCCAAACCUGGUCGUCACCUUGAUCAAUUCCUGCGACAAUCGGGAGUACUUAAACCUCUCGGAGCCUCUUGUAUUUGCACGUUUUGUUCUCGUUUCCACCCGGACGCUGCCUCUUCUGGUUUAUCUUUUAGCGUUUGCUUUCCCCUGCAUCAGUGAGGCUGGAUACUCUUUGAAUAUCAACGCUGACGAUGGAUCCCCUCUCAUCACGGAGGAUAACGAGCAGGAUACGGGUGACAUGGUGGCGGAGGAUGGGAGCGGCUGUGUUUCCUGGCUCUUCUUCCUCUGGUUGAACCCUCUUCUCAGACGGGGGGAACGAGGGGAUCUGUGCAGACCAGCAGAUGUUUAUCACCUCCCCAGGAAGCUUCGGACGUCUGUGGUUUGUCGAAACUUCCACCAGUGCUGGGAGUCCUGCAGACGCGGAGCAGAGGUCGGUGACGGAGAGGAGCAGUGGCCCCCGCCGCUCAGCAGGAACCUGCUCAACGGCACCUGGAGCUCAAACUACCAGGAGGAACCCUUGGAGCUGCAGGGAGACGUCCGCCUGCUGAAGGUUCUUCACAAAGCCUUCGGGCUGCGAUACUACCUGCUGGGCGUCCUGAAGGUCGUGGUCAACAUGCUCAGUUUCUCCGGCCCGCUGCUGCUCAGCAGCCUCGUGAACUUCAUGGAGGACGAGGAGGCUCCCAUCAGUUUGGGAGUCUGGUGCUCUGUGGGACUCUUCAUCACCACGCUCCUCACCUCCUUCCUCGGAAACAUCUUCGUCUUCGAGGUGUCUAAGGUGUCUCUUUCGGCCCGCGCUGCUCUCAUGUCGGCGGUUUACGGUAAAUCUCUGCGGAUCAGAGGCAGCAGUUUGGCCGGAGCCACGCUGGGGGAAGUGGUGAAUCUGAUGAGCACCGACACCGGACGAGUGGUCAACUUCUUCAACAGUUUCCACGAGUUGUGGAGCCUCCCUUUCAGGCUGAUCAUCACCUUGUACCUGCUGUACCUCCAGGUGGGGGUGUCGUUCCUCGGGGGGCUCAGCGUGGCUCUGAUGCUCGUGCCUUUCAACAAGUUCCUCGCCUCAAGACUCCUCAGAAACAACCAACACAUGCUCCGACACAAGGACACACGCGUGAAGUUAAUGACGGAGGUCCUCUUCGGCAUUCGGGUCAUCAAGUUCUACAACUGGGAGCCUCAUUUCACGCAGAAGAUCAACGCCUGCCGUAAAGAGGAGCUGUCCCACCUGAAGGCUCUGAAGUACCUGGACGCCAUGUGUGUUUACACCUGGGCGGCUCUACCUGUGGUCAUCUCCAUCCUCACCUUCCUCACCUACACCCUGCUGGGGCACCAGCUCACUGCCGCCAAGGUGUUCACCACGCUGGCUCUGGUGGGGAUGUUGAUCAUUCCCCUCAACUCGUUCCCCUGGGUGCUGAACAGCAUCCUGGAGGCCAAGGUGUCUCUGGAGAGGAUCCAGCGCUUCUUCAAACUGACCAACCAGGACCUGCAGGCGUACUACGCUCUGGUGUCUCCUGAAGACGGUCAGACGUCCGUCCUGAUGAGCCAGGGGACUUUUUCCUGGCAGGACCCCGACGGUCCGGACCAGAACGAAGACAGAGGAACUGAUCCUGGAGAGUCCAAAGGAAGUCUGCGGCUGCACAGCCUCUCUCUGCACAUCACCAAGGGCUCCCUGGUGGUUGUGGUGGGGAAGGUCGGCUGUGGGAAGAGCUCCUUACUGGCUGCUCUGACUGGAGAACUGAACAG